UACUAGUAUUACCUCUAGCUAAGCUGCUCUGCCAUGGCUACUCUGUUCUGUUUCUUUGCUGCUCUCUUCUUAUUGUUUCUCAUACCUCUAUUCCGAAAGAUGCUAUCCCUGGCUCGUCGCCAGAAAUUGCCGUUACCGCCCGGCACAUUGGGUUGGCCAUAUGUUGGAGAAACCUUCCAACUCUAUUCCCAGAACCCAAAUGUCUUCUUUGCUUCCAAACAGAAGAGGUAUGGGUCUAUAUUCAAGAGCCAUAUAUUGGGUUGCCCUUGCGUGAUGAUCUCAAGCCCUGAAGCCGCGAAAUUCGUGUUGUCGACACGGGCUGAUCUCUUUAAGCCUACAUUUCCUGCCAGCAAAGAAAGGAUGCUGGGCAGGCAGGCCAUCUUCUUCCACCAGGGAGAUUAUCACAUGAAAUUGAGGAAGCUUGUUCUGAGAGCUUUCAUGCCUGAGGCCAUCAAGAACAAAAUCUCCAAUAUCGAAGCAAUUGCUGUUGAAGCUCUUCGAUCGUGGGAAGGACAAUCCAUCAAUACUUUCCAAGAGAUGAAGACGUACUCAUUCAAUGUGGCCCUACAAUCCAUCUUUGGAAAGGAUGAAAUCCACUACAGAGAGCAAUUGAAGAGGUGCUAUUACAUUCUUGAGAAGGGUUAUAAUUCAAUGCCCAUAAACCUCCCAGGGACUCUUUUCCACAAAUCAAUGAAAGCAAGGAAAGAGCUUGCUCAGAUCCUGGCUAAGAUCCUCUUCUCCAGGAGACAGAGGAAGGAAGAAAGCAAUGACUUGUUGGGUUCCUUCAUGGGUGAGAAAGCAGGUCUCACCGACGAACAGAUUGCCGACAAUGUCAUCGGUGUUAUCUUCGCCGCUCGAGACACCACAGCCAGCGUACUGACAUGGAUCGUUAAGUACCUCGGAGAGAACCCAAGUGUUCUACAAGCUGUCACUGAGGAGCAAGAGUCGAUAAUUAAGUCUAAAGACGAGAGUUGUCAAGAACAGAUUCUUAAUUGGGCAGAUACCAAGAACAUGCCAAUUACUUCAAGAGUUAUUCAAGAGACACUCAGGGUUGCUUCCAUCCUUUCUUUCACUUUCAGAGAAGCCGUUGAAGAUGUUGAAUAUGAAGGUUACCUUAUACCAAAAGGGUGGAAAGUUUUACCACUAUUCAGGAACAUUCACCAUAGCCCGGAUAACUUUACAGACCCUGAGAAGUUUGAUCCUUCAAGAUUUGAGGUUGCUCCAAAACCCAAUACAUUCAUGCCAUUUGGAAAUGGGACCCACUCCUGCCCUGGGAAUGAACUAGCCAAGAUGGAGAUGUUGGUCCUUCUACAUCACCUGACCACCAAGUACAGGUGGUCAGUGGUAGGUCCACAGAAUGGAAUUCAGUAUGGCCCAUUUGUUCUUCCACAGAAUGGAUUACCCAUCAGAUUAAGUCUCAAGACCUGA